GUCUGGAUCCACAGAGGAAGAAACAGGAGGCGUGUUUAAAGAAAAGGGUGUGUUUGAGCAGCUGAGGCAACUUCAGGACACAGCUUUAUAUGCUGAGACUUCUGUGAGAAUCAAAUGAGGAUUUCUGCUCUUCCAGAUUGUGGAGAUGAAGCCCGGCAGCAGAGACUCUGAGCUCCAGCAGCUGUGGGGACGAUGGAUGGUCCUGCUGAAGCGGCUUCAGGAGGAUCCCAGGGUGUCUGUGAUGCUGAACUCCAGAGUCGGGCAGCACCUCAGCAAACGCCCUUUCUCGGCUCUGGCCGUGGUGCUGUUCGUUGCCAUGGCAGCGCUGCCUGUUGGACUCUUCCUCACCUUCGCCCUGGUGACCGUCACCAUGUCGGUGGUGGGGGUUGUUUUCUUUGAAGGCUUCCUGCUGUUCGUGGCCGGAGUCGCUCUUCUGUGUGUUCUGUCCGCCGUCGCCUUCUUCUCCAUCCUGGUGUCCAUCGUCACCAACGCUCUGUUCAUCACCACCUCCGGCCUCCUGAACCUCUACGACUCCAACCUGACAAAGCAGAAAAUCCAGAAGAAGGAGGGUGAAACUUCAGCAGAGGAGGAGGAGCAGUAGUCUGAGGAUGAAGACGCCUGAAUGUCCUGUUUACUGAUGAGACAGAUUUUAUGAGCACAAAAACUCCCUUCUGGUUACUGUCCAACUAAGAUUUAAUGAUGUUAUUAUCUAUAUAUGCGGUGCAGAAAGUAAACAAAGCCUGAAAUAACUCAGCUUUACCAAAUACAGGAGACUGCUUUUAGUCUUGAAACAGGAGAAACCAAAUAAGCCGAGUACUGCUCCAUUAUGUGAGGAUUUUGGUAUGAAAAUGUCCUUUUUACGUGUUUACAGCUUUUCAUGAAAAUACACUGGAAUAACUGUUAUAUGUGUGUUUGCUGUUACGGCGAGUUUUCAAUAAAUACUCAUCAGAAUGAA